AUACGUCGAAGUCGUACAACAUUUACUACUUAUCAGUUACAUCAAUUAGAAAGAGCUUUUGAGAAGACCCAGUACCCUGAUGUAUUUACUAGAGAAGAAUUGGCUUUAAGAUUAGAUCUAAGUGAGGCUCGUGUACAGGUUUGGUUUCAAAACAGACGUGCCAAAUGGAGGAAAAGGGAG